ACCCAUCGCACAAGCUCCUCCGCAAUUGUCGCCAUUUGCGGGCGUCCCGGGACAGUACGGCGUGAGUCGCCCCAUGCUCGCCGCGGAUGACCGGCCCCAGGCCAGCGCUGCCGGCCAUCUUGGCCGCCAGAGGGCGAGAUCCACACAUGGCCCUGCUGAAAGCCGCGGCGCGAAAGGUGCUAUGGGGAGAGCUGCUUCAGCUGUUGCUGCUGCUGUGGUACCAAGCGGCACAAGUUGCACCCGUCACAGGACUCAGUGCCCAGUGCCGGUGCGUGACGUUCGACGACAUGUAUGGAAAAGAGUACGGCGUGUUCACCUCUCCGAAUUACCCGGUGCCGUACGAGGAGAACAUCGAGUGCAUCCUCUUUCGUUUCAUCGGAAGCCCCGACCAGAUUGUGCGCAUCUCAUUCGAAGAGUUCGAUGUACAGCGGAGCAAUCUCGAGUGUGUGUACGGUGACUACGUGAAGCUGUUUCUGCACCUGGACAAAGAAGAGGCGGUGAACAAUCGCAGCCCGUACAACUCAAUCCUGUGCGGCAAGAUCAACGACAUCGAGCAGACCCACUACUCCUCCGGGCAUGCGCUCAUCUUUGAGUUCCACUCCGACUGGCGCCAGGGCAACAACUCUGGCUUUAGGGGAACGUACCGGUUCCUUAGCAAACGCCAGUUCGAGACCGAUGGUCUGGCCGUUCCCGACAGUCGGUGCAGUUUCAUCAUGGACAGCGGCAACCGCAGUUCGGGCCGCUUCUUCUCGCCCCAAUACCCCAGCUCGUACCCGCGGGACAUCAAAUGCGCCUACAGCUUCCUGGGACGAGAGAACGAGCGAGUGAAGGUGCUCUUCGAGCAAGUACGCCUGCAGCGCGGAGACUUCAGCUGCUUCAACAGUCCGGACGUGAUCCUGGUGCACGACGGACGGGACGGCAGUUCGCCCGUCAUAGGGCAGCUGUGCAACCGCAACGUCUGGGUGGAGAUGAUGUCCACUGGACCCGACCUGUACGUCACCUUCAGCGCGCAGAGCCAUUUCCCGGGUCGAGGCUUCAUGGCCAAGUACACCUUCUCCGAGACGCCUUACAAUGGAACGCUCGACCAGCUAGUGUCCAUCGAGCCACAAAAGGCCUUGGACGGCAGUGCCUUCAACAAACAAGGCAACGGCAGCUGUGACCAGGUGAUCAUGAGCAACAGCUCCAAGAACGGCACCAUCACGAGCCCCAACUACCCGAAUCCGUACCCGCCCAACACGCGCUGCAACUACCACUUCCAGGGAGAAGGCAAAGAGCGCGUCCAGAUCAAGUUCACCGACUUUGACCUUUACAUGCCUCACGAGGGCAUCAAGGAGUGCGAGAACGUGGACUCCGUGAUCGGCUUCAUCACCAUCAAGGGACAGCGCGAGCGGCUGGACAACUUCUGCGGCUCGCAGCUGCCCAACCAGAUCAUGUCCAACGAGCACCGCAUGACCGUCAUCUUCCAGAGCUUCGGCAGCAGGCCGCCCAGCGUCAAGGGAUUCCGGGCCAUCUACCAGUUUGUCACCAAUUUUGGCAUUCCUUCCGGUCGUCAGGACCCACAGGGCGUGUGCACCUUCAUCUACAACAGCUCUGAGGUGUCCAACGGCACCUUCUCUACGCCCAACUACCCGGGCGUCUACCCGCGGGACACCGAGUGCCACUACCUCUUCUACGGCAAGAGCAACGAAAAGAUAUACAUCGAGUUCGCCUACUUUGACGUCGAAGGCGUGCCCCCGUGCCUCUCGGACACGGCGAGCGACUACGUGGAGUUCUCCAACUUCCGCACGGUGGACCGCAAGAUCCCGCGCCACUGCGGCAACCUGCGACCGACAAAGAUCGAGUCCGACGCCGACUUCUUCCGCGUCUCGUUCAAGUCCAAUGACAAGUUCGACGGCACCGGAUUCGAGGCCUUCUACCAGUUCAGAAACAACCCCGAUCCUUUCACAGUUCGACAAGUCUCCGCUGUGCAGAACAAGCAGAAUGCGCACAGAUCUUCGCCCGCAACCGCCCUGCUGUCUCUGGUCCUGCUGUGGCUUCUGGUAGCCGAUCACUGAGGCGAUCCAGGCGGGGCUCUCUUAUUCCACUUCACCCAAAAAGCCGCUCACUCGCCGACUUCAAGUAAUUCCCCCAUCUCUCUACGUUCUCGAUGUGUUGUCGCUGUCACCGAAGAAGAAGAAUUAAACGAAGCAACAGAAACAAAGAUGAAAGCACAAAGGCAUCAACAUACUUCACACCCCGCGCCUCACCGCACCUCCAUAGGUGCUCAGAGCUCGACUGUCUUCGUAUGAACAAGAGGACGAAGCUCGUGCUGUGUGUGUGUGUAUACGUGUGUUCGACGUGUCCGCUGUGGAAAACGACGCUACAGUUCAAUGCGCACACACUGUUGUUCGCGGACUUCACGCCGAUUUUAUUCUACCCUCUCGACGUCUCCCUUACCUUGCUUCCUGUGUGAACUUCAAUUUCCCCGUUCCAUUUUUUCAGCUCAUCCCCACUUAUUAUUCGCGUGCGGCCGGCGCGAAGAGCCUGUUGAAGCUUGACGGCGGUUUUUUUUUUUUUUUUCGCUGUUAUGUGAGCGUUCGUUUAUGUGCGCGUGCGUGCCGUGUUCGUGUGUGCGUGUGUGGCAGAUCAUUCGACCGCACCCUUUCCUCACGGAAAAAAAAAAAAACCUCAAGGACACUCGCCGAAGAACCUCGAAGAAGACGUUCGUCGCACUUCUAGCUGCGCGGCCGCCGGAGAGAACUCUGUGGUGAAAACAGAGGAACGUCGUGAAAAAACAAAACGGAACAAUAGGGAUGACGGUGCCUCAUCUUGUGCACUAUCACUCUCUCUCUCUCUCACUGUCUCUCUAUCUCGAAGAAUAAAACGACGGCAGUGUGUGUAUGCGCGCUCACCGCGAUGUGCACUGUUCUCGAAACGAGGGCAACGACCCCUUUCCGCGACAUGUCACCCACCCGAUCUCACAUUCGUGCUUGAGUUGUUGUUUUUCAUUUUUUUUUGUAGUUGUUGUAUUUUGUUAUCUAGGAUGUCCCUACAUUCGAAAUGAAGAAUUGAGCAUGGGCAGGGCAUGCAGCGAGAAGCCAGGAUAACCGCUGUUAAUUAAAUGUAACAGACUGUAUUAUAAAAGAAGGCAAGCUCGCCAGGGAUAGGCAGAAAGUUAGGUGCGCAGAUGAGAUUUAAAUGUUUGCGGGAAUAACGCGGCAACGCCAACCACAACCGGAUUAAACCGCUUUUUUUUUCAUGGUUCCACGGCGCAUGCGCCCUUCCCCUUGCGGGAAAGUCGCGAAACGCUGUAGUAGGGUCUCCGGACGUCUAUCGAUCUUGGAGGCUAUAGUUCUAGCGAUACCGCUUGUCCCGGUUCACCCGCAAAACUCCGCCCCCCCCCCCCUGUAAAACGGCAGGGGGCAGCACAAGAAAACGAAAAGGGAAGGAGAUAGGAGAAACAUGGUAGAGGACCUUGCCCUGCAGCGGGCGUGGGCAGUCUGAUGAUGACAAUGGUGAUGCUUACGAUGAUUAUGAUGAGGUGAUAAGGUGCCGUUCGUCAAAAUCUGAACGAAGUUGUCCUCGAAAGGGGUCGCUCGCCCUUGCCCAGUCUACAAUAAAACUGAAUUGGGAGAUGGGUGGCUGGUGUUGAUGAGGAUUUCAAUCUGCUUCUGUUUCAUCUCUGAAGACAGAAGCUAACCGAGUCUCUCACGUGCUUGACACUAAAACGACGUGUUCAUGUAAAUGUAUCGCGCUCGCGAUAGUUCUCGAAAGAUUUUUUUGUUGUUGUUGUUGUUGUUACGAGAACUACCACCAUGUGCGAGACAGCACAGGAAACCUGUAUGAGUUUCCCAGUCGGAAAAACAAUUUGCACCGAGAUCGAACCUGCGACCAAGGUCAUUCAAAGGCGGUCGUUGUGCGAUAUGGGCUAACCCUGCAGGACACCAUGUGGAACUGCGAGGAUGAGUUAGUCGACAAGCUCGAAGCACAGAAAUUUUCUCAGCGCUGACUUUGCUCAUUUAGUGUCAAUUCCUGUAUUAUAAGAAAUAUAUUGCUCCCUCGGUUGCAGAUCUAGUGUCUAAACAACGUUUUAUUGCGACAGCAAUUAUAUAGGCGCUCCAGGGGCAAUAUCGCCGUCGCUGUCGGCAUCAUUGUGAGGGCCUCUAUAAAGUCCAAGAGCGAUAACGUCGAUCCGAUUGUCGUAUGCUCUAUAUGCGAGCUUUCAUUCAUCUUGCGUACGAUUCUACUCUAACGCUACGCUCCUUGUAGUUCACACAGCUAGGAACACGUGCAUGGGAGCAUGGCAACGCUUCCUUGAAUAGAAGGUAUGGGGCACUAAGUACUGGCAAAAAAAUAAAGAUAACGCACGUUAAGGUUACUUAGCAGUUGCGGAACCUGCUGCGGUGAGUUACUCGUAAUGACGUUACACUGCUAAGCUCUAAUCAUGACUUCGCUCCCCUCCUUGGCGACGGCAUUUGGAUAGAGGCUCUAUUUUAAAAAAAAGCCGGGUGGUAAAAAACAAUCUGCAGUUUCCUCACUAUGCCGUUCAUCAAUCGUAGGACCAUGGCUUCUGCAUUGAAAACCACAUAAGCGAUUUUGUUUUGUGCUUGUUUUUUUGCGACACGAUAAGGCACAACCCCUGCAUUUUUUUUUAGAGUGUGCGUUUGGAUAUUCGGGAGCAAUACUGCCUCACGUCGCCGCCAGCUAGCGUUCUUACUAGCUCGCUGUAGUGGAGCGUCAGCACCGAAAAGGCCUUGAUCACAGGUUCGAAUCCCGUACAGUAAGAAUAGUUCUCUUUAAUGCUUCCUUUUGUGGUGACCAUUCUCGCGUUUACUUGGUAGCUCAUGGCUACUUCCUGAUGAGUAUUUGGGAAAAUUAAAGCGCUAAGAUAGUCAUACACAUAGGUCGAGAAACACAAGACAAGCGCGUCUAUUUUUGCGCUUUAAUUUUGCCACUUUGCACCAUCUCGCCCAUUAUCAAGUUUUGUUAAAGUGUCACGCUUUCCAUUUCAUAGAACAUUGACCAGUCUUGCGGAUUGGCGCAGAACUGAUAUACUGUAGUUCUCGUUCUGCGGUUAGUGCUCAACGCUCUCCUUGUUUAAAGAUACGUUUCUGCUAAAUUAGCUAUUAUUUUCACGUUUCUCAACUUUGCUUGACAGAGGAGUAGAAUGCCCCCUCCCCCCCCCCCCCUCACCCCGGUCUAUCAAAAUCCGUCACGAUAUUCCAUGCCGUAAGACAAAAAAAAGUCAUUUCACCUUUCUUUUUUUUUUUUUGUGAGUUCUGACUUGCCACGUAUACGACUAUCUUUAUAAAGAAACACGUGAACUCUCUUUGGAGAUCAUUAUCUUCUCGUAGAAGAGUCGUGGGAUUCAAGAGAGAGUUACCGUCUAUCUUUAAAAAGAGUCAUAUGCGUGUCAAGUCAGGACUUGCCAAAAAGAAAAAGGCAACACAUACUCUUUUUUUUUUUCUUAAAUUCAUUACGAUUCCUUCUAGCCAAGGAGCAACAGUUACAUUCUUGUAGACUGAAGGCUCGUUCACACCUGCGACAAGGACAGUUUGCGCGACCAGGUUAGUCGCAGAGCGACUGCUUUGGCUCAGUUGCUCGCUGCUCGAUUUUCCAGUCGCGCGACGGCAGCCGCAAACCACUGAACCAAUCACAUGCGCAGGAACAGGACGUCAGCUUAUUUUAAGGGGGAAAGGUAAUGCGAACCACGAGCGAGCAGGCGUGAAUUCUCUGAUGGCGACGAGUAUGUAAGUCUCACGCAGGUGUGAACAUCGGUCAGCUUGAGUCACUCUUUUUUGGUCGCCAGUCGCAAAUGGUCGCGUGACUGGUGGUUAGUCGCAGGUGUGACGAGCUUUAACUGUUUCGUUUUCCUGCUGCGAUGUGUCCGUGUAGAUGCGCACGAUGGCGCGCACCAGCCUGUACGACUUUCUUGCGGCAUUCGGUCCCUGUGUAUAUAUAUACUCUCUUGGAACACGCGCACAAGCAGAAGCGUUACCCAUGUGUCAUAGUUGCUCGCGUUGUCUUAUUUAUCGGGUUGCAUUCUGUAAAUCCGUUGCGCGUUUUGAUUUUGUUAAUGCUGCUCUUCAAAGAAGUUGAUGUGCACGGUAAGAGCAUGAUCAAGACAAUGUAAACAGCAAGACGUUGUUAAGAGUGCAAUGUUGUUUUUAUUUUGUCUGAUUCCAUCGAUGAACAAUAAAAAGAAUUAAUACCUUGAA